GUGGAAAGAGUUUGACAAGCAAAUAUCAUCUUGAUGUUCACAUGAGAGUUCAUACUGGAGAGAAACCAUACACAUGUGAUCAGUGCGGAAAGAGCUUCAUUCAAUCAUCAAGCCUUAAGGAUCACAUGAAAAUCCACACUGGAGAAAAUCUAUACAAGUGUUCACGCUGUGACAAGAGAUUCAGUCGAUCAGCACACCUGAAAAUGCACGAGAGGAUCCACACUGGAGAGAAACCGUUCACAUGUGAUCAGUGCGGGAAGAGUUUCACACAAUUAUCAAGCCUUAAGAAACACAUCAAUAUCCACACUGGAGAGAAACCGUACAAGUGUUCACAUUGUGACAAGAGAUUCACUCAGUCAGGAAUCCUGAAAACACAUGAGAGGAUCCACAGCAGAGAGAAACCGUUCACAUGCGAUCAGUGCGGGAAGAGUUUCAGACAAUCAUCAAGCCUUAAGAAACACAUCAAUAUCCACACUGGUGAGAAACGGUACAAAUGUUCACAUUGUGACAAGAGAUUUACUCAGUCAGGAUUCCUGAAAACACACGAGAGGAUCCACACUGGAGAGAAACCGUACACAUGUGAUCAGUGCGGGAAGAGCUUCACAAUAAAAGGAAACCUUACAGAGCAUAUGAGAGUGCAUACUGGAGAGAAGCCGUUCUCUUGUGAUCAGUGCGGGAAGAGUUUCACACAAUCAUCAACCCUUAAGGAUCACAUGAACAUCCACAUUAUAGAGAAGCUGUACGCAUGUGAUCAAUGCAGCAAAACAUUUUUGAGAGCUUCAGUCCUGAAUAAACACCUGAAAGUUCAUACAAAGGAGAAGCCACAUUCAUGUUCUUUGUGUGGAAAGAGUUUUUCACAAUUGCACAGUUUAAAAGUUCAUCAGAAGAUACACACUGGUGUGAGAGAAUAUAUGUGCUUUGAGUGUGAGAAGACUUUU